CCAAAGUACUUAAAUUGGAAACAGGUUAACGGAAAUUGUCGUUCCUUCCGCGUGAAUAAGCCUCCCUGAUUAUCCAAGAUGGCAGCAGCGAUGGAUGUUGACACACCGAGCGGUAACAACAGUGGAGCGAGCAAGAAGCGCUUUGAAGUCAAAAAGUGGAAUGCUGUGGCGCUGUGGGCCUGGGACAUAGUGGUGGAUAAUUGUGCCAUCUGUAGGAACCACAUCAUGGAUCUCUGUAUAGAGUGUCAGGCCAACCAGGCUUCUGCGACAUCGGAAGAGUGCACCGUAGCCUGGGGUGUCUGCAAUCACGCCUUUCAUUUUCACUGUAUAUCCCGUUGGCUGAAAACCAGACAGGUCUGUCCGCUGGACAACAGAGAGUGGGAGUUUCAGAAAUACGGACACUAGUUGUUAUGAUACUGAUCUGGUUUAUGGCUUCUGCGAGCAUCGGCCUCUCUACCUUUGUAUUUUCCCCUGCUUACAAUAACUAGAUGUUGUUUUACACAUUUGUUCUGAGAUGUUUCAAGUACCUAAAUAAAGAGUAAUGUUAUCACAAACAGA